AUGGAGCCGAAUCAACAGCGGAGUUGCGGUUCGUCAUCAGACAGCAGUGCGACGGGCACUCCUCAGGGCAGCAAUGUGGCAGUGUGGAGACCUUGGCAUGAUGCCCCUAGGACCCAUGUGCAGAACCCACCAACAGCCCAGCAGCAGUUCUACAGUGACAACCAGUCGCACAUGAAUGACAAAGGGAAACCUCCAUCUUUUCAACAUCCUGUUAAGUUAUUUUGGCCCAAAUCAAGGUGCUAUGACUUCAUGUAUCAGGAAGCCGAGGAAUUAUUGAGACAUUUCCCUGUCCAAGCUACAAUAUCUCUUUACCAGGAGACAGACAGUGACUCUGAAGAGGAAGACAUUUAUGAAAAUUAAAUCUUGCACAGCUUCAGUUUAAUGAAGUGGAGAAGAACAAAGGCCAUUAAUGUAAAUAACAAGUUUCAUGGAUAUUUGAUACUUGAGCUAAUUGAUUCAGUUCAAUAACCUGUGACCUCUCACAAUGGACUUUAUUUACACCUGAAAUUGCAAUGAUACCUCCAUGUUGGAUGCCAAAUCCUCAAAACUGUAUAAAAUUCUAAAACUUCUGAAGCCUAGACAUCUGUUGCUACCUUAUAAAUGAACUAAAGCCCUCUUUUACAACUCUGGCAGGGUGACUUUAUUUUCCAAAAAGCACUUUUUUCCCUUCAAUUACAUAAUUUAUAUAAUUUUUUUUAAUUUGUAAUGCUGUAAGAUAAUAUUUAUAAUAAAAAGGCUAAAACACA